AUGCCUCCACCUAAGAAUAUCUCUCAGCUUCGUAUCCUGCACAGGAAGAUCCAGGCCAUUCAUCAGUUUGUGGCACAAUUGGUUGAUCGUACUCUCCCUUUUAAACGAUUGCUAAAGAAAGAUACCCAUUUCAAAUGGAAUGAGGAAUGUCAAAAGGUAUUUGAUUCCAUCAAGGAUUACCUAGAUAAUCCUCCUAUCAUAAUGUCGGCUAUGUCUAAUAGAUCUUUCUUCCUGUAUAUUUCAGCCUCCUCUCAUGCUUUGGUGGCAUUAUUGGCCCAACGUGAUGAUGAAGGGUGGGAACGAGUAGUCUAUUACAUUAGUUUCACUUUAAUAGGUUAUGAAAGCCAAUAUUCUGCUAUGGAAAAAAAGUACUUAGCUCUUGUCUUCGCGACUCAAAAGAUGAGACACUACAUACUCUAUGCAGAAACACAGGUAAUUGCUAAGAAUGAUAACCUCAAGCACCUCUUUACGAAGUCUGAUCUCUUGGGAAGGCUGGCCAAGUGGGUGAUGUUGCUCUCUGAAUUUGACCUACACUUCAUAACUCAGAAGUCAAUCAAAGGGCAAGUCAUUGUUGAUCAGUUAGCUGACGCUCCCUCAAGCAAGUCUUUUCCCACCUUAGACCUCGUCCCCAACGAGGAUGUUCUGAUCAUUGACCAAGACUCUAUGUGGGACAUGUAUUUUGAUGGUUUGAGGUGUCAAAAUGGCUCAGGUGUAGGUGUGGUUUUCAUCUCACCCGAAGGAAAUCCAAUUCCUCUCUCUUUCCGUUUAGAAUUUCAUUGUACCAAUAACAUUGUUGAGUAUGAGGACCUAAUUGUAGGACUUUGUGUCGUAAUUGCCAUGGGAGUAAAGAACAUCCACAUCCAUGGAGAUUUUGAACUUAUUGUAAACCAAGUGACGAGUCCCUAUCGUGUUAAGAAGUUAAAGUUGUCUCAUUAUAACAAUUUGGCAUUGACCAUACUGAAGCAAUUCGCUACUUACAUGAUCAAUAGCAUCUCACAGAGGGAAAAUCCUCAUGCAGAUGCAAUGGCAAGUGCUGCUUCCCUUGUAGGCCCUGACUUUGGUCAGGAUGAAUACUGCUUUAUGGUCUCCUUAAAAGGGGUUAUUGAUGAUGAUUCCUCUCACACUCUUCAUUUAAAUCAGCUUGAAUUGUUGGAUGAGUGCCGCUUAAAGGCCCUUCAACAUCUUCAAGAUUAUCAAAAGUUUCUAUCCAAACAAUAUAACGAAAGUGUGCUACCUCGGACCUUUAAGAAAAGUGACCUUGUUCUUUAUGAGAACUAG